UCUCCAGUGCAGUCACUGCACCGCAGCUAGCUCCACAAGCAAGAUUUCUAAGGGUGAACUGACUGUGAGUUGUUUGAGAGAGAGAGAGUUGAGGAUCACCUGCUUGCCCUAGUGGCCGUCCUGGGGCUUUUCAAGCAGAUGUAGACGGGAGGCCAGCGAAAGGGAAGAUGACUGCAUCGCUAGAUUCAGCCCUCGCCAGUGUGCGACGGCUGGAGGCCCUAGCUUUGCCCGAUGAGCAGCCUAAUAUUGAAGCACCGCCAACGUCAGUAGUAUACGAUGUGUCGUUCGAUACAAACUUUGAAGAUCGCAAUGCCUUCGUUACGGGCUUGGCGAAAUUCAUGGAAGAGGCCACGGUGCAUAACCACCUCAACAAACUGCUGGAGGAAGGCGAGAUGUAUGCGUCGAUGCUCUACACAUGGCGCAGCAGCUCUAGAGCUGUUCCAUCGGUCAAGAGUAAUGAGCAGCCGAACCGGCGUGAGAUCUACGAGAAGACGGUCGAAGUCCUUCAGCCGGAGGUGGAGAAACUCAAAGGCUUCAUGAGAUUCCAGGAGCGCGCCAUUGAGACAUUCACGGCCGAAAUCAAGCAACUGGCGCACGAGAACAAACGUCGGGACUUCAUUUCGGAGACGCACUUGCUAACCCUGUCCAAGUUCAUCAACAUGUUCGCAAUACUGGAUGCUCUGAAGAACAUGAAGGCAUGUCUUAACAAUGACUUGGCCUUCUACAAGAGAGCGGAUGGAUUUCUGAAGCGAGGUGCUGCGGUCGAUGCAGCUGCCAUGCAGGAGUUCCCCGCACUGUCUCUCUUUCUAGCUACCAACAACAAGAUCACUCUUAACCUAAAGGAGAGCCUGGAAGGCAUACCGUCGUAUGAAGAGGUUCUCGCUACGAUAGUCAACUCGUGCGUGUCACACUUAGAGACCAAAAGCUAUAUGCUACCCAAGGAGAAGCAUAUGCUCUUGAAGGUCAUCGGGUUUUCUCUAUUCCUCAUGGACGGUACGGUCAGCAUAUACAAGCUCGACGCCAAGAAGAAGAUAAGCCUCAGUAAAAUUGACAAAUUCUUCAAGCAAGUUGCAGUUGUACCGCUCUUUGGCGACAUGCAAAUCGCGCUGGUCUCGUACAUCAAACAAACAAAGAACUACGAUGCGUCAAAAUGGUCGUGUGUAUCCGAGCAGGCCGAAGAGAAGGCCUUCGUGCAGCACUACAACAUCCAGUCGAAGAUCGACACCAUCCGCACGGAACAUUUGAAGUAUAUAUCUGAGCUAGCGCGGUACAACAACGAGAUUACGACCAGUGGCUCAACAACGUGGACCGACAAGCAGGUGCAAGAGCUCUCCGAUCUAUCUCUCCGCGGCCUUCACCUCAUCUCUGGAUGGUCAACACAGAUUGUUGAACUGUAUGCAUGGAAGUUGCUCCACCCCACCGACAAGUACGCUAAUCGAGAGUGCCCAGAUGAUGCAGAGGAGUACGAGAGAGCCACGCGCUAUAACUACACAUCAAAUGAGAAGUUUGCCCUGGUCGAGGUCAUUGCCAUGAUCAAGGGCCUGACCGUGCUGCUGACGCGCAUGGAGGUGACGUUCAUCGAAGCCAUCAACCGCUACGUGCACAUGGUCCUCCAGGUCUUCGUGCAAGUCACACUGCGCGACGCCAUCCGCUACGCCAUCAAGAAGAAGAAGCAGCAGCUGAAGAUUGUGCUGUUUGCUAUCCGUGACACAUGUGUGGACUGGGCGAAUGGCAAGGAGCCAGCUGACGACCCAGCCCUGCGCGGUGAGAAGGAUCCCAAGGGUGGCUUCCACAUUGAUGUGUCACGGAGAAGUGUUGCGCCAUCCACGACACAGCUGUACAUGUGUAGAACGAUGGUGGAGUCCAUCAUCUCCGAUCAAGCGGGCAAGAAGUCGCUGCGAUCGGACCUGGACCAAAGGCACAUACCCGACUUGGAGGAAUUUCUCAAGGUCACCUAUUUCUUCCCUUACAUGAUCAACUUCAAUCGCUCACUGAUGGAGGCAUCUGACUUGUCUCAACUCUGGUAUAGAGAGUUCUUCCUGGAGUUGACCAUGGGCAAACGAAUCCAGUUCCCUAUUGAUAUGUCCCUUCCAUGGAUCCUCACUGAUCAUAUCCUGGAGACCAAGGAGCCAUCGAUGAUGGAGUAUCUGCUGUAUCCGCUAGAUCUGUACAGUGAUGCAGGUCACUACGCGCUGCAUUUCUUCAAGAAACAGUACCUGUACGACGAGGUGGAGGCCGAAGUCAAUCUCGUUUUCGAUCAGUUCAUCUACAAGAUCAGUGAGCAGAUCUUCAUCUAUUUCAAGAGCUUGGCCUGCAGCAUCCUGCUAGACAAGAAGUUCCGCAUUGAAUGUCAAGACAGCCAGCGCAUACCAUUCCCGCAGGCUAAUCGCUACCAGACCAUUCUCAAGCAGCGUCAUGUUCAGAUUCUUGGCAGAAGCAUUGACUUGAACCGUCUCAUAUCGCAGCGUUUGACCAACCACAUGCUGAAGGCUCUGGACAUGGCGAUAUCCAGGUUUGAGAGCUCAGACCUGACCAACAUCAUGGAGCUGGAGCUUCUCCUGGAGACGAACGCGCUGACGCAUCAAAUGCUUCUGGGCUACGUGACGAUGGAUCCGUUUGACUCUCUGCUGCGCGAGGCCAACCAGAGCGUGAACCUACCGCACGGGCGCAUCACGCUGCACUGCUUCUGGGAGAUCAACACCGACUUCAUGCCGGGCUGGGUCUACAACUCCACUACUAACCGCUUUGUCCGAACUAAGCUCCCACUCACAGAACCCGCCACUCGGGAAUCGCCUCCGAAAGGACCUAUGUCGUUCUUCUACGGCACCAGGGCACUGAACUCAGCCUACAGUACAAUCAACAGCCUGCAUUCGGGUUUCCUGGGUCAUGGCCACUUCUCAGCUAUGUCCAGACUGCUGGGCUACCAGGGUAUUGCCAUGAUUAUUGAGGAGCUGUUGAAGCAGACCAACCUCUGUAUUCAGAACACUCUGCAGCCAUAUGUCAGUGCUCUUAUGGAGGGCAUGCCACGCCGAUGCCAGCAGCCACUAUCUGACUACGGAGCAUCAGGUGUGCUUGGUUUCUACUAUGCCCAGCUUGAGUCGAUCAUCCAGUACCGUUCCCUCCGAACAGAGGUCUUCCAGUCCUUCAAGGAGAUUGGCAACGCCAUUCUCUUCUGCCUGAUUGUGGAGCAGUGCCUGUCUCAGGAAGAAGUGCUUGACUUGCUGCAGGCAGCUCCGUUCCAGGGUGUACUGCCCAGGCCCUAUGUCAAAGAUGGCAUGACACAGGAGCAGGCCAUUCAGGACCUACAAGAGCAGUACUCGGCUCUGCAGCUGGUACCGACUAUCUCACAGCUCGGAACACCAAUGCAAGCCAACACGGCACGGGACUGUGAUCUGCUGACCAAGGAGCGCCUCUGUAGAGGGCUGUCCAUGUUUGAAGUUGUGCUGAAGAAGAUUCGAGGAUUCCUGGUCGGCGACGACAAGGGACCGUCGGAGCAUGCCCAGCUCUGGCUCGGACCUCACCCGGCCAACGGAGUGAUGCAUGUCGUGGAGUGCUUGGAGUUCCAUCGCCUCUGGAGUGCCAUUCAGUUUGUCAUGUGCUUGCCGCUCGGACCCAACGAGGUGUCACCCGAGGAAGCAUUCGGUGAUGGUCUGCAAUGGGCUGGCAUGGCUUUCAUCUGGCUGCUGGGUCAGGAGCGUCGCUUCGAGGCACUGGACUUCUCCUAUCACAUCCUGAAGGUGUACGUACCAGGCUCCAGUGAGACGGCGAACCAGUCUGGAGUGAAUGUGCGACGAAUGGCUGACCGGAUACGUGCCACACAGAAGAUGAACCAUCACAUCCAAGCGAUCAUCCGAAAGCACAUGGUGUCGCCCAACGACACCACCGAGGACGUCCGCUAUUUUCCCCCACCCAUUUACCAAAGCGCCACAUCGGCCGUCUAAGUCCUCAGGCGCAUCCUAACGUAGCACUGGCGAGACAUUGUCCCGAGAGAUGAUGGCCGCACAGGUACUGAUAUUUCUUCCCGAUUUGAGACGACAAACAUACAGCACUGAUUAGAUUGUUUUUGCAGUACUUCAGCAGGUUUCGGCUAGCUUCUUUCGGUCAAUUGCUAAUUAUUGAAUGCUGUGACGUGUUCAGUAGCCUAGGAGCAGUGCCGCGUCUCCUGGCUCGUAUGUAUUUGGCCAGCUGAGAGCUGUGUACUUCGAAGUAGCUAAUAAUAAUAAUUUUUGGUGCCUGCUCGGUGCUCUCUUCCUCCAUUGAUGUUUCAGCACGGCACGUUGUAACUAUUACUGAGCACCAGGUUACUACUGUACACUGACACACGCCGAUUACACCCCCGUCUAUGUAUGUUUGCUUGCUCUUCUGUUUGAAUAUGCCGGUUUAGCCACCAGUGACCCCAUGUGUUACUCAAUCAUAAUCCAUGAUAGCCCCCAGGCUGCCCCCGAUUUGCCGUGCUUGCCUGCGUGCCCAUGCCGUAAUGCCAACCUUUUUGGCCCGGUGCGGUUGUAUAAUGUUCCCGUUUUUUAGUAGGUAACUCCCAGAGCUGUUAGUCAGUUAAUUCGAUCGCCGCACACACGGCGGCUGCUUUUAUUAUACUUUGCUUUUUUCUGCCCUUGUUCACACGUUUCCAGUAUUGUUUUCUUAGAGGAUCUUACAACGCGGGCUCUACUGCUUCGCUGCUGCUUGGUACCAACCGCAUUACUAUGAUGACACUCUUCUAUGCCGCAACCUGUUUGCCAUCAUGUGUUUACCUGUACAAAGAAUCAUGAAAAUAGCGCUCGCCCAUGA